AUGUCGUUGGAUCAAAAGACACGUGUACAACCACAAGCAGAUCGUGUCUACGAAGAUUUUGAACCAUCCUUUAACUGGGAUCAUGACGAAGGAAGUGCCACGCUAAUUGUUAUGCUUCCAGGAUUUAGAAAGGAGCAAUUGAAGGUUCAAAUAUCCUCAACCCGUAUCCUGAAGGUGAGUGGUGAAAGGAAGAUCAAUGAGAACAAAUGGCGUCGAUUUCUCAAAGAAUUACCUGUUCCUCCUAAUUCUGACACCAGUGGGAUUAGUGCCAAGUUUGAUGAUGGGAAGUUAUAUGUUAGGAUUCCCAAAGUGAUCACUCCCAUCAAGUCACAAGCUGCAGCAACAACACCAACACAAGAAGCUCCAAAGCCUCAACAACCAACAACUAAGAAACCAAAUGCUCGAGAUGUUGAUCAACAAAAGCCAGUGGAAAAAACUGAGGCACAAACACCAUUCAAGGAACCAAAGGGAGAUGAAGAUUUUCAAAAGAAGCCACAAAACAAGGAAAAGGGCAAGGUAGAAACAGAUGCCAAGGAGAGAGCAGAAGCUACAACCUCUGAAGAAGCCAUAAUAGAUAAAAGGUCACCAACCCUGGAACUUCUUUCACGUCAAACUCAGGAAUAUAAGAAUGCACUUUCUGGUUUGGUCGAAGAGGUUAAGAAGCAAAUGAAAUUGGCGAACUUUCUGGUCCUCAUCUUUUUUGUUUUGGUGUUUGGGCUCUUCCUUAAGAAUGCAAUCAAGUCAUCUUUUGGAGGACCCAAAAAAGAGUUGUAA